CUGAGAAAGGAAGCUUUUUAAAUUUCUGCCGAUAGAUCCUUUCAGAGAGGCAGAUACACCGUGUCCAGCAAUGCUAAAAAGAAAAGAAGCUCAAAAUUAUUGAGCCAAGAUUCCUGAGCUGCUCACAAAGCAGUUCUUGUGUGAUUAACUGCUGCGUCUUUUGGACCUGAGGGACGAUGGAGACACCACUCCACAGGGCACUACAGAAAAGGCAAGUGACCGCCAUUGUCUUUCUGUUACUGUUGUGGGAGGCAGGCAGUGCGACCAUUAAGUAUUCGGUUCUAGAGGAAACAGACAGGGGCUCUUUGGUGGGCAACCUUGCAAAAGAUCUGGGAUUGGGCUUAAGGGAUCUGGUCAUCAGGGGCGCCCAGAUUCUUAACAGAGGUAACAAACAGCUCUUGCAGCUGGAACAGAAGAGUGGAAAUUUGGUCCUGAAAGAAAAAUUGGAUCGGGAGGAGUUGUGCGGGAGCACGGACCCGUGCACCCUCCAUUUCCAGGUGUUACUAAAAAGCCCAGUGCAAUUUAUUCAGGGGGAAAUACAGCUCCAAGAUGUAAAUGACCAUGCCCCAGAAUUCAUGGAAGAUGAAAUUCUCCUUAAAAUCCCUGAAAGCAGCCAUCCAGGGGCCAAGUUUCCAUUGACAAUAGCGCAAGAUUUGGACGUCGGUAGCAACACAGUUCAGAACUAUACAAUCAGCAUGAACUCCCAUUUCCACCUUCUCACCCGCAUUCACAGCGAUGGCAGGAAAUACCCAGAGCUGGUGCUGGACAGAGUGCUGGACCGGGAGGAGCAGGCAGAGGUGAGAUUCACACUCACAGCUCUGGACGGUGGGUCACCUCCCAAGACUGGGACUACCCAGGUUCUCAUCGUGGUGCUGGAUAUUAAUGACAAUGCCCCUGAAUUUGCCCAGGGGCUCUAUGAGGUGCAGGUUCAAGAGAACAGCCCCGUGGGGUCACUUGUCCUCACUGUCUCAGCAAGAGAUGUAGAUGCUGGGACACACGGGGAACUCUCCUACUCACUUUUUCAGUCCUCAAAUGAAGUCCUUCGGACUUUUGAAAUAAAUACAGAUACCGGAGAAAUUAGAAUAAGAAGACUAUUGGACUUUGAGGAAAUCCAAUCUUACCGCAUGGAAAUCCAGGCCUCUGAUGGCGGAGGUCUUUCAGGAAAAUGCACAGUAGUAAUAGACGUGACAGAUGUAAAUGACAACGCCCCUGAACUCACCAUGUCAUUACUUAUCAGUGAUAUUCCAGAAAACUCUCCUGAAACUGUAGUCGCGAUCUUUGGAAUUUCAGAUCCAGACUCUGGAGAAAACGGGAAAAUGGUUUGUUCCAUACAAGACCAUCUUCCCUUCCUCUUGAAACCUACUGAAGAAAAUUUCUACACUUUGGUAACAGAAGGCGCACUGGACAGAGAGAGCAGAGCUGGGUACAACAUCACCAUCACAGUCACCGACAUGGGCACACCCAGGCUCACAACUCAGCACACCAUAACAGUUCAGGUGUCUGAUGUCAACGACAAUGCCCCCGCCUUCACACAAACCUCCUACACCCUGUUUGUCCAGGAGAAUAACAGCCCCGCCCUACACAUAGGCACCAUCAGCGCCACAGACUCAGACUCAGGCUCCAAUGCCCACAUCACCUACUCUCUGUUACCCACCCCCGACCCGCAGCUGGCCCUCGACUCGCUCAUCUCCAUCAACGCCGACAAUGGGCAGCUGUUCGCGCUCAGGGCGCUGGACUACGAGGACCUGCAGACCUUCGAGUUCCACGUGGGCGCCACAGACCAAGGCUCUCCUGCACUCAGCAGCCAGGCGCUGGUGCGUGUGCUGGUGCUGGACGCCAACGACAAUGCGCCCUUCGUGCUCUACCCGCUGCAGAACGCCUCUGCACCCUGCACAGAGCUGCUGCCCUGGGCGGCAGAGCCAGGCUACCUGGUCACCAAGGUGGUGGCAGUGGACCGCGACUCUGGACAGAACUCCUGGCUGUCAUUCCAGCUGCUUAAGUCCACGGAGCCCGGGCUGUUCAGCGUGUGGGCUCACAAUGGCGAGGUGCGCACCUCCAGGCUGCUGAGUGAGCGCGAUGCUCCCAAGCACAGGCUGCUGCUGCUGGUCAAGGACAAUGGAGAUCCUCCAAGGUCUGCCAGUGUCACUCUGCAUGUGCUGCUGGUGGAUGGCUUCUCUCAGCCCUACCUGCCUCUGCCAGAGGUGGCGCGCGACCCCUCGCAGGACGAGGAUGCGCUCACACUGUACCUGGUCAUUGCCUUGGCUUCUGUGUCUUCCAUCUUCCUCUUGUCUGUGCUGCUGUUUGUGGGGGUGAGGCUGUGCAGGAGGGCCAGGGCGGCCUCUCUGGGUGGCUGCUCUGUGCCUGAGGGACACUUUCCUGGCCACCUGGUGGAUGUCAACAGCACUGGGACCCUGUCCCAGAGCUACCAGUAUGAGGUGUGUCUGACAGGAGGUACUGGGACAAAUGAGUUCAAAUUUCUUAAACCAGUACUUCCCAACUUCUUGAAUGAAGAGGUUUAUAGGAACAGCGAGGAAAAUUCCAAUUUUAGGGAUCAUUUGGGGUUUAACUAGAAAUCGUACUUUGACCUUGUGUAAUUAAUUACUACAGUCUUUAUCGAUGCAUAUAUAAUUUUCCAAGUUUUCGCUCAUUGUAAAGAGCGAAUUAACACGUUACUGAUAGUCACAUUUAUAGCUGUUUCUAAUUGUCGAGUACUGCUUGCAUUUUUGGUUAGUCAUCUUACUACACUCAAGGGCACAAAGUAGCUACAAAAAUGUUCUUUCUGGGUGAUGUUAUUUUCAUCACAAUUUUUAAAAUGUCACAGAUGUUUUCAGGUCCCUGGUAGUUGAGACUGUGUAUUUAUUUCUUAUAAUCAAAGAAGUCAUGUUUCAAAGUUAUGGUUAUUCUUAGGGUGAACUUAACACUAUUGUAAAUGAUGGCUUUCAGUUUCAAAAAUAAUUUUCAAUUAUGUGAACAUUUUUGUUGUUUUCUAAAUCCUAUGAGUCUGUUGCCUAGUCUCAAGAGCCCUGUUUUCUUUCUGCAAGUGAACUAUUGGUUAAUCAGGC